ACAGACAUUGAGAUCAAUAGGAGGAGAAUCUUGGGUUUUCCAAGAAAGUUUUUGGAAGGUGAAGAUGAAGCCAUGGUUAUUGGUUUGGUAUUUAUAAUUCCAUGCGAUGCUGAUUAGGAAUUUUGAGAACCGGUGGAUGGAAAUGAAAAUCGCAAGAUAAGUGAGAGUUGGAGUCAUGCGGGGAAUGUUUGGUAGAAUUUUCCCAGAAAAUGAAGAUGGAGAUGGAAAUGGAAAGUGUGUCAUUAUAGUUACUGAACAUAAUACUAUCUCGUCCCCGAUAACUUUGAGAAUUGCUUUGUUGGUCGUUUCUUAACCUCAGGUAUGGGUAACUUUCAAGCAAUGAAAACUACACUAGCGAAUGUUUGGCAUCCUAUGGGGCAUCUCUAUCACGGACUUGGGUGAGAGUCGAUUUUUGUUUUGACUCUAUCAUGAGAUUGAUUUGAACAUGAUUUUAUACGAAGAUCUUUGAUAUUUUAAUUCUCAUAUCCUUCUUGUGUAUCGUAUGGGUGAGGGGGAUGAUCCUAUGCUGGUGUCUUUAGAGUUUGUUGACUUUUGGGUUCUUGUUAAUGAUUUGCUGGUUGGUUGCAUCUCGAAACAAAUUACUCAGCUGUUGAGUAACUUUAUUGGUUCUUUCACCGAGUAUGAUGCUUCGGCCGUUUCGUUGGGAUAUAGGGGGAGCAUGAGGAUUCGUGUUGGGGUGGAUGUGCCUAAGGCAAAAAGGAAGAAGAAAAUUGCCCUUCCAAAUGACAGUUUUGCUCACGCCACUUUUCAAUACGGGAAGAUAAUGUGAGCACGAGCUCCACUGGAUUGCAAGAGCAUUCACAGAACUACUCACAGCUCUACUUAAGAGACAACUGUAUAAAGAUGCUCUGGAAGUGCUUACCAUAGGGGAGGAGGCUUUCUCACUUUGUGAUCCCAAGGUCCUUGAGUUUAUUUACAAUGUACCAAUACUGCAAAUAGACAUGGUGUAGUGCUAUUUCUUGCUUCGAGACAUCAGUUGGCUUUCAGUAGUAGGAAUACGCCUUGAAAAAUCCAGAGAAGGACUUGAAUGUUGCCGUGGGAAGGAUUUUUCCCGUGUUAGACUCCUUAAAGCUGGUUGCCCCAAACUAUUAACUUCUUUCAAACCGAUAUAUACCUGGGAUGUUCCGUCCUCACUGGGGAAGUCUGUCCUUUCAGAAAAAGAUGAACUUUUUACUCUUUUAAUUAUCUGGGUAUGGUGAAAUUGAGAAUCGGAGGGACAUGGGUAGGCGUUUAAGAGUUAUAAUUGGAUAAUUGGACGGUGGCAAUGUUGAGGGAGGAAGUAGCCAAGCGAUCGAACGCCGUACGUCCCGACUCCAUCAACCUCAUCUCCGCCGGUAAAGUUUUGAAGGACGGCGAUGAGUCCCAGACGUUAAGCCAAUUGGGUAUCAGAAACAAUGCCAAGAUUCUGGCCAGCCGUGUCUCCGUUGAUGAAGGCAAGUCCUUGAAACAAAAGCUGAUGGCCGAAGAAGAGGGCUCUCGUCGACUUGCUCGAGUCAAGGCAGCUGCCACUGCACUUUCCCAGAGACAUGUAGAUGGUUCGUUGCCAGUUGAAGACUUCAAUAUUGAACUUGAAAACCAGGGAGGGCAAAAAGUGCAAUUAGAAACCGAGACUGAUCAGCGGGCCGUAAUGAUGGAUUUGAUGCUUCAUGAAAAUGCAAAGAAUCUACUUAAGAGACAACUGUAUAAAGAUGCUCUGGAAGUGCUUACCAUGGGGGAGGAGGCUUUCUCACUUUGUGAUCCCAAGUUCCUUGAGUUUAUUUACAAUGUACCAAUACUGCAAAUAGACAUGGUGUGGUGCUAUUUCUUGCUUCGAGACAUCAGUUGGCUUUCAGUAGUAGGAAUACGCCUUGAAAAAGCCAGAGAAGGACUUGAACGUUGCCGUGGGAAGGAUUUUUCCCGUGUUAGACUCCUUAAAGCUGGUUGCCCCAAACUAUUAACUUCUUUCAAAUCGAUAUAUACCUGGGACGUUCCUUCCUCACUGGGGAUGUAACACCCCCAACCCGUACCCGACCCGGAUAUGAGUCAGGGAUACUACAUUGACUUUAAAACACGACUCUU